AUGCCCAAGUGGAUUCCCAUCGCGAAGAAGAAGGAAGGCCAGCCGGUGCGCAGGAUCAUUCUGAAGAAGAGCACGGCGCACCUCCAGGCAGCGCAGGCGACCGCGCGAGCCUCGGCCACAGCUGCCUCAUCCACGCCGACGCCGCCGGCGACCAAGACGGAAUUCGAUCGAAGAUCUUCUUACAGCACGGUUGCUGAAGGGGUGGAAACGACGGCUGUCGACAGCGACGGCGCUGGUGCUGAUGCGGCCGCGUCGGUCGUGCUGGGAACCAAGCCAGAGUCUGGCUCUGGCUCCGCACCAGACAGUGUGACGCCCGCCUCCCCCUCUCCGCAACCUCUCGCCCAGGAAGCAUCAGCACCUGCAGCCGCGGAAAAGCCCAUGCGGCGAGCACUGCCUACCAACGAGUCGGACGACGAGCACGAUCAGAAGAGCACCGGCACCAAGACAACGACGCUGCGCAAUCCCCUGUCGAGGCGGAGCCUCAACAGAACCGUGCCUGCCAGGGAGCGCAUCGAAAGGGUCAUUGAGCAAGCGAUUCACGAGGCACUCGAUCACUGCCGCUAUCCCACGGCAUGGGCUCUGCGUACGCUUUACGACGAAAAGUCCUCCGACGCGCAUUUUCUCACUCUGGUCGAGUCCAUCUUUUCUCAGACUGCCGACUCGUCGGUCGUUGACGAGUUUGCGAAGCUCAUCGAGGCGAAGAAGAGGGAAGGUAACAAGGAAAAUCGAGCCCGCGAUCACUUUGGCCCACCGUCGCCAAAUCCCAACGGCAUGAGCGGACAAAAAAGGAAGCGUGCACCGUACGCCAAACUCAUCACGCUCGAUCUCACCAAGGCAAGACGUCCGAGUUCACCUGAACCCACACCUGCGCCUGCGGUGCCGCCUCCAGUCGUCGAGGCGCCCGUGCCCGUGCCAGCAACGCCCAUUGUUGUGACGCCGUCAAAGAGGAAGCACAAAUCGCGAAAGCAGCACACAGCAUCGCCGUUCAUGGCGAAACCCUCGACCGCCGGCGAUGGCGGCGCCCUCGUCACGCCGUCUCGGAGGCGUGCUCGUCGGGACUCCGCAGGCAGCGACUCGUCUGCUCUGUCGGAGCUUUCGGGCUCGCCUUCUCUGCCGUCGCCUACGCCUGCAGCUAUCCGUGAUCGCAACGUCGAAGGGGCUGCCGCCGCCCCCGCGACGAGCGCCAAGAUCAUCUUCAACGAACUGCGGCCCAGUCGACAACGCAACGCAAAAAUCACAAAGAAGAUGAUCAUCGACGCACCCGACCCCUCGGCCUUGUCAUCCUCGGGCAGCCCUGCGCCUGCUGAUCCUGCCAUGUCGGACAUUCCCUCGUCGCCCCAAUUUGCUGACGCAGUUCCCGCUCGUAGGCCGGUCGGCAGGCCAGCUAAGGGCUCCAAGACGACACGAGCGGCGAAGGCAAAUGCCAAGGCGUCUACGCAGGGAAAGAGCAACAACGAGGUCAGCGCUGUGGAUGAAGCCAACACGGCCAGGCGGAGGAUGGCGCGGCUUCAGAGCAACUUUGCCGACGUCGAUGCCCCCGAGGAGAGCUCAAUCCGCGGCGAGACGCAGAACAGCGCCAGCGCCAGCGCGAAUGCGACCAGCGCCAUCGAUCCGCCCUUCUUGGGACGGAGCUCCAAGGCCCCCGGUGGCCCCCCCCAAUCCCGGGUUUGCCCGGAACCGGAAGAAGCGACAAUCGGUGGGAAGGAACCCCCAGCGUGCCUUGGAACGCAGGCCAAGGGGGAAACCACCCGGCUUAACAAGAGGGGGUUUGAAGGGGUCCAAGCCCCCUUCGCGAAAGGUCGUUCGUUCCCACCCCGAGGAGCCUCGAAAUGGGAAUCCUUCCAGAAGCUGGCACGCCCGUCAGCACGCGGGCUGUCAAAAAGCAACGCACCUGGCACUGGGCUGCGUGUCAAGUCAUCGCCCAAGAAGAAGACCAUCGGCACUGCAGCAGGCGUACCUCGCCAGAGCGGAGAGGGACAUCCUUUCUCAUCCAGCGGGGCUCACUUCAAUUCGGAUGACAACGACGAUUAUUGCUCGGCGGGCGGCGGGGUAGGUGAACUCAUUCGCUGUGAGCACUGCUCCCGGUCCUUCCAUUUCGAGUGCGUCGAUCUGCUCGUCGACGAGCCUCUCCCUGAUGAAUGGUUUUGUCAACGGUGCAUCGGAACGAGGUUUCCGACCCGAUCAUCUGACAAGAGGCCGGGCCAUUUCGGUGCCCUCCUGGCGGUGCUUGACAAGACCAAUCCAGGGGCGUUUGAGCUGCCGCAGCACAUCCAGACCUACUUUGAAAAUGUGCGAGCUGGUCCUCAGGGGGACUACGAGGAAGAAAACGCCGUGGUGCCCAAGGUCCCCAAGAAACGAGGUGGUUACGAGGAGGCGCCGGACUUCCACAAAGUCCGCGAUGCAGAUGGGUCGCCAGUCUUGUGCCACAACUGCCAGCAAGCGACGGCCAGCGACCGUUCCGUCAUUCCGUGCAGCAUUUGUGGUCUGCACUGGCAUCUGGACUGUCUCGACCCGCCGCUCGCCAUCCCGCCGGUUCUGCGCACCUGGGUCUGCCCGGCUCACAAUGAUGACUUGCUGGCGAAGCUUCCCGGCAGCCUCGCCCCCGCCCACAAGUAUCGCAAGAUUCGCGAUGCCACGGUUAUCACCCCGCUGUACAGUCGUGGCAUGAAGAACAAUGGCUUCAUCGAGGUCAUCAACGACGAGUCUGACAAUGACAGCGGAUGGAACGACGUUACCUCGUUUGGCCGUACCUACCGCUUGCCCGAGAAGGGCAUCAUUUUGGAUUUUGUCUCACAGAAACCCGUUGCUCCAGCAGCCCCCGACGACGAACAACUGGAGGCUGCGCCAGAGUCGCGACCCAUGAUCGGCCAGGUGUCGAUCACGGAACACCAGGCAGCGCUGAACCUGGCUCAGCUGCGCGAAUCCAACAGCGACGGUCUUUCUCAGCUCACCACAGCUCUUCUGGAUAACGCCGAUCCUGCUGUCCUGUCGCUCAUAGCGCGCGGCGACGCCACUAACCUCGCCAGCGGCAACCUGGGCCAGCGAGACCAGCAGAGCCUUCAGGCCAUGCUCGCGGAGUGCAAGGCCAUGGAAGCACGCAUCCAUGCUGCGUUGGCGGGCCAGAGCCCUACGGCCCGCGACGGCGAUGCUCUAUCCGCAAAGACUGAGUCGGCCGAGGUUGAUCUUCCUACACCUGCCACGACAGGCCCAGAUCACCUCGAGUCUGCCAACGGCAAAUCCGACCAGGGUGAGGCCGGCAUUAUGGAUGUCGAUUAA